CACACACUUCGGGCACAUACCCACACGUCAUACCUACCCACUGGCAACCACUCGCUCGUACACGCUCGCACACGUACCCAUUCCCAUACGUACGAGAGCACACACGGAGUAGCGCGCGUGCGCACGCACACACACACGACAAACAGGCUCGCGGCACACACAGUACGCGCACGCACACACGUACACACGCACACGUUCACGGACGCGCAAAUUGGCUUUUGAGCAGCUUACGGCUUGUGCGCUGCGAGCUUUUCGUCGUACUGUCUUUACCAAGGUGCCGUGGAUAUUAUGUCAUCCGACAAUGCUGUCGGCGGUGGCCAGUCGAACCCGGAGAUGGUCAGGGGACAAAUAUUUGACGUCGGUCCUAGGUACACAAAUCUGUCGUACAUCGGCGAGGGAGCUUACGGGAUGGUCGUGUCGGCUUUUGACAAUGAGACAAAUUGUAAAGUAGCCAUAAAAAAAAUCUCACCAUUUGAACAUCAAACUUAUUGUCAACGAACAUUGCGAGAAAUUAAAAUAUUAACUCGAUUUAAACAUGAAAAUAUAAUUGAUAUAAGAAAUAUCUUGCGAGCGGAAACCAUUGAACAAAUGAAAGAUGUAUACAUUGUUCAAUGCUUGAUGGAGACUGAUUUGUAUAAGCUUUUAAAAACUCAGAGACUGAGCAAUGAUCAUAUUUGUUAUUUCCUUUAUCAAAUUCUUCGAGGGCUUAAAUAUAUACAUUCAGCAAAUGUCCUCCAUCGUGAUCUCAAACCUAGCAAUCUGCUUCUCAACACAACGUGUGAUCUCAAAAUAUGUGAUUUUGGUCUUGCAAGAGUUGCAGAUCCUGAUCAUGAUCACACUGGAUUUCUUACAGAAUAUGUAGCCACAAGGUGGUAUCGUGCUCCUGAAAUUAUGUUGAAUUCAAAAGGUUAUACAAAAUCAAUUGAUAUGUGGUCAGUUGGUUGUAUUUUAGCUGAAAUGCUUUCUAACAGACCAAUAUUUCCUGGUAAACAUUAUUUAGACCAGUUAAAUCAUAUAUUGGGAAUACUUGGUUCACCAACCGCAGUAGAUUUGUUGUGUAUUAUUAAUGAUAAAGCUCGGAGUUAUUUACAAUCAUUACCCUUCAAACCAAAAAUAGCAUUUUCAAAACUUUAUCCAACAGCUGAUCCAAAAGCUUUGGACUUGCUAGAUAAAAUGCUGACAUUCAACCCUCAUAAUAGAAUUACAGUUGAAGAGGCUCUGGCACAUCCGUAUCUUGAACAGUAUUAUGACCCUGCUGAUGAGCCUGUUGCAGAAGAACCAUUUAGAUUCGCUACAGAGUUAGAUGAUUUACCCAGAGAAACUUUAAAACAAAUGAUCUUUGCGGAAACUGUGAAUUUCAAACAAAAUGUGUAAGCAAAAUAUAGACACUGAUUUUAAUUUUUUACAGUGCUUAAACUCUUAUUCUUCUACAAUUUGAACUUAUAUUGCAUUUCAAUGUUUAAAACAUUUCUCGCUUCUUUACAAUUCUUUAUAAUCUAUAAUCUAUAAUCCUAUUUUGAGUCUAAAAUAUUCAUCUUAAUAUUAAGUACGACUUAUUAUGUAGUUAAAUUGUAUGUAU